AUGGAGCUAGAGGGAUAUGGAAAUGCCAUCACCCGCCAGAAGAACUUCCUUCCGAUGUUAAAUAUGCAGGGACUAAGGCAAUACUUACCGGAAAUUAAUGAGGAUUCUUUAAUGACAGUUAUAUACAUCGCUCUAUUCAGCUUGACGUGUUAUGCACUGCUUUUCAUGAGUUAUAGCAUGUCCGCUAAUAGGAAAAGAAAGAACAAAUACGACACCACGGGAGAGAUUUACUUCGAACAGAAGCUGAUAAAAGAAUCGGAAGACAUGAAAUGUUACGCAUGGAAAAACUGGAUGAACCGCUUAGAACCAGAUUGGGAAAAAUUUGACAACGCCAUUAAUAAAAUAAAACAGAAAUGGCUUGAACAGAGAGAACACUACUGGGAAGCGUGGAUCAAAGAAAUUGAACAAAAGUGGGAUAAUUACCAUGAAUAUAUCGAUAUUUCAUAUAAACUUUAUAUCCUCAAAAGGUCUCUUUCAUGGAAUGAGUCGCACUGGGAACACUGGGCAAACGAAGAGUUAAAAGUCUUCUUGGACAAAGAAUGGCAUGAGUGGGUCAACCAAACUGAACACCAUCUAAAUACUUGGAUUAUGAAUGAAUGGACUAAAUGGAACAGUAGCAAAAUUUCGAGUUGGUUAUCCAAAAACUGGAAGCUCAGUGAAAACGCAUACUGGGAAAAAAUGACAAAGAAAAAGUGGGUCAAGUCAUUAUUUAAAUUGGUUCAAAAAAAUUGGCGCAGAUGGAACAAACGAAUUACUAGAGAGCAACAGGAGUGGGACGAUUGGGUAAAGGAGAAGCAGGAUUUAUACAUGAACAAUCAUGAAUGGGAUGCAUGGAAUAAGUGGAAGGCAAACAAAUACAACUCGCUCGAGGAAGUGAAAGAAUCCUUGGUCAGAAAGUGGAUCUCGGAAAAGCGCUGGGUGGCCUGGAUUGCGGAUAGACACCAUUCGCUUAUGCAAGAUAAGUAUGAAAAGAGCAUCUGA